AUGAAUCCAGGGUCCGCCCCGAAUGGCGGGCCUGCCAACAAGCCGGUGAUCAGGAGGAAGAAACCAGCAGCUGACCCAUUCUUCAAAGGGCCAAAAGUCAAACCUGCUGCCACCAAAUAUCCACCGGCUGGGCGCGAGAAUGGCCACCCUACGCCGCCGACAAUCAACGGUCAAUCGAAACCUCAGACUCCUCCCGUCCUAGCUCGCCCACGAGCACCCUCUCCGUCGAGACCACCGGUCCCCGAGCGCGAGCGCAUCAGUGGCUUCACUGACCCCCGGGUCACCGCUGAAGGAAUCCCCUACAGAGACUACAGACUAGUCACGACAAAGAAAGAUCUGCUCAAGGGCUUGAGAUAUCACAUUCUUCAGCUAGCCGGCGAGAAGCCAAUAGACAUCCGCAAUGAGGCCGAGUUUGCCAAACCAGCUAGACUCCAUAGACGCGACCCUCGUGCACCUCCACCAGGCCAUCAGGAGAAGAAGGAGGACGAGCAGCUAGACUCCAAGGAUGGGCUCAACGCCGCCGAGCGAGAAGAACUGAAUCGGCGCAAAGAAGCGCGGCAGAAAGAACGCGAGGCCAACCUGGCCCAGAUAGCUCCAUCGCAGAACGCUGGAAAGAGGACGAACUUCAAAAAGAAAACCCAGCAGGUGUUUAAGUCCGAAUUCUCUGCUGAGGAGAAGCGCCGGAUACAGACAAAUUACGAAGAGAAGCUCCCCUGGCAUCUGGAAGAUUUUGACAACAAGCAUUCCCUCAUCGGCCACCACCAACCGGGUUCUAGGGACUCCAAUGCGACUUUUAUGUACGAGCCCGCAGUUGACGCUUCCACUGGUAAAUUUCGUCUUAUCCCAAUCGAGAAGAUAUACCAGUUCAAGCCAAAACGCGAUGAUCUGCAGAAGAUGACGAUCGAAGAAGUUGAAGCCGCGAUGAAAAAGGGUGGAUCUGACCCGGAGUGGUUGGUGCGCUCUCGAGAGGCUCGGAUAAAGGAACAGAUGAGGGAGCGCGACGCCAAGGAAAGCAGAGGUCUCUUCUUGGGUGCUGCGAAAACCACUGCGUUCGCUGGGAGGACGGGUGAAGAGGCCGAUCUCGACUUUGAAGAGGAUUUCGCCGACGACGAGGAAGGAGAUCUUUUCAUGGACAAGGACGAGGAUCAAAAACUCGCAGAAUCGCGCAUCAAAGAAGACCAACUGCAAGCCAACUUCCUCGACUUCAAGGAUCUGAACGAAUACGAUGAGGCCGAGGCUCGAGAAAAGCGAGAGGCUGAAGCCAAGAAGAAGAAUUUCAGAGAUCUGAGGAAGGCUCUUGAGCGACGAGAGCGUAACUACAACCAUGGGAGUGACUCGGAGUACGAAUCAUCGACCGACACAGACGAAGAAGAGGCACGCCUCGAGCGCGAGCGUCUGGCCAACAAGCAGAAGGAAGAAGAAGAGGCUAAAAAGUCCAAUUUACCGUCCUCGGGCACGAACACGCCCUCGGGCCGGAAGGAGAAACGUGAUACAGACCGGGAAGAGGGUGGCAUGAAGAAGUCGACCUCGUCUCGUAGCCUCAAACGUCCUGCAUCCCCAAAUGCAUCUGACGCAUCGGGCACCGACGCCUCGGUCAGGAAGAAGAAGCUCAAGUCAAAACAUCUAUCCUCUACGCAGCCCACACCGGGUCAUUCGAGGCCAGGCUCUCCCGCGAACGUGCCAAGCUCGUCUGCGCCGGCAGGAGCAUUUGACCCGUUGGCGAAGAUACGCAGGCGCGGAGUUGCCGGAAGCCCUGCAGGAUCAGACACAGAAACCGAUGGGGCAGCCAUGUCGGAUGCUUCUCGAGCACGGCGCCUCAAGCUCAAUGUCGGUGGGUCUCCGCCAGCACCGUCUUCACGUGCCGCCUCACCAGUCCCAACUCCUGCCACGGCCCCUCGGCCACCUGCCUUUCCCUCGGAGCAGGAUAUAAGGAAUGCGAUCCCUCCUGAAGGUAUCUCGGUUAGAGACCUCAUUCGCAAAAUUCCCCACCCACCGGAGAGGAAGACAGAGUUCGUCAAUUUGGUCAAGGCGAUCACCCGUCUGGACAAGGACCGGGGUCUCUUGUUACCGAAAUAG